AUGGACGGCCUGAAGAAAGCCCUUCCCCUCAUUCUCCUUCUCGUCUUUGUCGCUAUCGUCGCUUUCGUGGGAUAUGCCGUCUGGAGCGUCGUUCUGGAUGUGAAGAAGAAUACGCGCGCGGAGAUGGAGCGCAAGCACGUGUCUUUCUCAAGGGAUGGAAUGAAGGUCAGCGUGAAGGAGGUGAAUGAUGAGAGCUAUAAGGAUCGGACACAGAGUGUUCUCGUUAACGUUUGGAACCACACCUCCUUCCCGGCAUACAAGAGUCGACUUUGGGAUAUGACAGGGUCAUCGAGCUCGCAGACUGAGAAUGGUGCUGAGAAGCGCAAGCCGCACUCGAAGUAA